GAGUGCCCUGUCUGUCCCUGUACAGAGUCCCUCGGAUCAAAAGCUCCGGUACCGACAGAUGAAGAGGAUUAUGGUCAUUGUUUUCUCCAGCCUUUUCUCUUUUUUUGUAAUGAAACAUUUAUAAAGGCCUCUGGCUGACACUGUUGUUCAGUAGUGUCUAUGGAUCAGCGUAUUUUAUACAUUUCACCUACAUGCGCUCAUGAGUUCUGUUUUUUCAUUUGGCCUAACGUCAUGCUAUACAAUAAUAACCAGUACUUUUUCGGGGGACAAAUGUGUCUUAGUUUAAAAAACAAAUUGUGACUUGAUUAUUUUUUUUUCAUAGCUGCCAAAAGUAUUAGUAGUGAUAUUUAUUAUCCCUGUGUGUAAAUUUGUAGAUUUUGACAUAGGCAUAGUUAUGUCAGAUGGGAUAUCACGUUGAGAGUGUUUUGUUUUAACAGUCUGGCUGUUACAAUCAUGAUCACUCCAUUUGACUCCCCUCCAUUAAUCAAUCCAGACACUCCUCCUAACCCCAACUAUGGGCCCAAGACACAAGGUGCAAUUGGGAUGCUAACAGAUUUCUCUGGGAAUUACAGGCCUCUUUGAAUGCUGCCAGUCAGUAAAGAUGAAGUUCCUUUUGUAUUUUAUGAGCACUUCUAGUUGUAAUUAACCUAAACGGUAAGCCCCUCCCCUCAAAUGCAGAUGAGCCAAUGGCAGUGGAGUAUCAGUUGCCCGGGAGGCGGAACUCGGACAUCUUUAGGUUUCAGUGCCAUAGAGAAACAUUGGAAGAUCAAAAGUCGCAUUGGUUUAAUAAUGUUUAUGCUACAAAAAUCGGAAAACAAUGUGACGUGACUAGGGUACUUGUAACUCUAAUUACAGGUAUCCUGAGAGGAUAGGCAAUGUAAUUUAUUUUAUUCCAUUUCCUAAAUCCAAAUUUAUCAUAAACACCUCGGAAGAAGGUUUUCACUGACAGCUGUCAUUGUAAGACAGGGAGCAACUUGUCAGUAAAACUAGUAAAAAUCUGCAUUUGUGAUUGUGAUAGAGUAGACUUGGGCAAUGUUAUCUUUCCAGGGGAAUGAAAUCCCCCUCUCGGAGUCUCUUAAUUUGUUCCUGUUUGUUGCACAAUGUCAGCUGCUGUGAAGGAGGGUCCUGGCUAACUGAAAUGCCUGGCAACUGUAACUAAGGGGCAGGGAUUGCUACGAUUGGGCACUGGUCUGUGUAAGUGACUUGAAGCAGGAAUGAAAACGAGAACGAAAGAUAAUAAAUCAGGAAGCUGUAGGAGACGACACCGAGAGAUGGAAGUCUUUGAUUAUUUUUGAAUGUGGAAACAUCUUCAGGGUGUGCAGGAAGAGGAGGAUAAUGAGAAGAGAGCGAGAACAGUGUGCUGGGAGGAGUUGAGGACCUCAGGUGUCGCCAAAAGGGGAGGGAGGAGAGUUAUAGAGCGAGAGCAAGCGGGAGAGAGAGGGCAAAGCAAGGAGGGAGUGAAUGUGAUCGAGAGUCACAGAGGAAGAGAGAGCGAGAGUGUGAAGGGGGAGAGAAAACUGUGAGCCACUCACGGCAUCUCUGAGCACCAGCAGUAACUGCUCUCUUUUCCUCAGCUCAUUGUCUGAUUUGUCGCACAAAUCUAAAUUUCUUAAUUUCUACGUGUGUUUUGCACUGUGCACCCUCGGUGGGAACUGCUGUCAACCUGCUUUGGCUCACGGGUCGCAGAGAGCGGACAAGGACAUGGGCGGUAUGCAGAUCUUCCAAUUUUGCGAACGGAAUUAGUAUUUUUGAGAAGACUUUCAAUAAUGUGUCACAAAGGAGUUGGAGAAGCAGCAGUGAGGUCUGUCUCAGAAGGAAAGAAGCUGAGCAUGUACAACUAAUCAGAUGCAGAGGCUGCCAUGUGAUGUGCAAAGCUUUGGACGGAACGAUGGACUUGAACUGAGAACAUAUGGAAUUUAGACAGGAUGCCCAGAGCACGCUGUCCUAGUGCAAUCUGAGAAGACACCUUCACGUAAGCAGCGAUAUACCUCUUUUGGAAAACACAGGUCUCUCCUUUUUAUGUGACCUGCAUUUACCCGAGAUGCACAGUGAAAGUUCAUGAAAAGUAAAUGGAUUGGGAGCAAAUAAGACCAAAGCAGUCGCUGUACCCCCAGAACACGAUCUUGAAAUUUUGAUUAGUUCCGUUUUGCCUCACUCAGACUCCCGCAGGCUAUGAGCGGUGCUCUGUGCAGCAGUAGCUCUGGCAACUCUCAUAUGCUGUCCUGUGUUUGUCUAGAGCGUCUGUGUUUUGAUUUGGACUAUAGAAGCCAAGAGGUCCCUAUUCCAGAAGCAAAACAUGGUGCAUGUUAUUGUUUGGAGACAUACUGAUAUGAAUAGAUAUUUUGGAGACUUUUGCAACUCUUGAAAUUACAUUUUUGUGGACUCGAAGGUAUGACCCUGGAACUUUCUUCAUCAAUUUUGUUACCUUUAUUGUCUAUGCUUAAUCCUUCUUAUAUAGUCUUAACUGGUCACAGGAAAUCGUUUGACCUUCAUUUCCUUAUCCCGCAACCCCUUCUACAACCCUGAACAUUUUACCCUUGAGAGGACAGCUUAAGGAAUUGGUCGACUUCACUGCAGGGGCUGUGGACAAUAUUGCCAGCUGACUUUCAGCACAUAUAUGCAAACCUUUUGUGACUGUUGCUGUUUCCAACAGCCCUAAUUUUGUUUGCAAAGGGAAAUAUCUCUGUCUUACAAUUACUGAACUGCUCCUAAGCAUGACUGAUUUCAGAGGAGUGCCAGGCACUUUUUUUUCUUCUCCUUACAGACUCUAUUGAUUUUUGCCAAUGCUCAGUUCAUUGAGAUCCAGCCAUGUGAAAGACCGAGGUAAAGGGGAAAAGACAGAAGAUUGAGUUCUGGUGCAAGAGAUUACUGAGAAAGCACAGACACAGGAUCACGUUGCAGGCCAUCAGCACUGCGUUUAGGACAACUGAACCUUAUCCAAGAAGACAAGGUCCAGGACAAUGAACCGGUCAGAGCUGAUCGAACCGGUCCCAAGUGUAAACAGCAGCCUUAGCAAUCCCUUCAGUGUGUCCCUAAACCACUCCUGCCCCCUAGGCUGGGGGGAGAACAAGGUCAUGGAAGCUUGCGUCUUAGAGACUGUGGUCAUUGUGAUGCUGACGGUGCUCAUCAUUGCUGGGAAUUUAACAGUGAUCUUUGUGUUUCAUUGUGCCCCAUUAUUACACCACUACACCACUAGUUACUUCAUCCAGACUAUGGCCUACGCGGAUCUGUUGGUGGGGCUAAGUUGCCUGGUUCCCACCCUUUCCCUGCUCCAUUACCCAGCUGGUGUCCAAGAACCACUCACCUGUCAGGUGUUCAGCUAUGUAAUCUCUGUACUCAAGAGCGUUUCGAUGGCUUGCUUGGCUUGCAUUAGUGUGGACCGCUAUCUGGCUAUUACUAAGCCCCUCUCCUACAACCAGCUGGUAACACCCUGCCGCCUUCGCUGCUGCAUCGUUCUCAUAUGGAUCUACUCUUGCGUGGUGUUUCUCCCAUCUUUCUUCGGCUGGGGUAAGCCAGGGUACCAUGGGGAUAUCUUUGAAUGGUGUGCCCACUCUUGGCCCACAUCUGCACUCUUCACUGGCUUUGUUGUGUGCCUGUUGUAUGCCCCUGCGGCCCUGGUGGUCUGUUUCACCUACUUCCACAUCUUCCGCAUCUGCCAGCAGCAUAACCGAGAAAUCAGCGAGCGACGGGCACGCUUUCCCAGCCAGGAGAUGGAAACCGCCGAAGGAGGCAACCACACAGGCCACGGGCCAGACCGGAGGUACGCCAUGGUGCUCUUUCGGAUCACCAGUGUUUUCUACAUGCUUUGGCUCCCCUACAUUUUCUAUUUCCUUCUGGAGAGCUCUCAUGUGCUGGAAAGCCCUGCCCUCUCCUUUGUGACCACCUGGUUAGCAAUUAGCAACAGCUUCUGCAACUGCGUCAUUUAUAGCCUGUCCAACAGCGUAUUCCGGCUGGGAAUGCGUAGACUCUCACAGACGCUCUGCUCCUCCUGCUCUUUCAGCCCGUGCACUCAUGAUGAUAAGGACUUUGGAGAGCCAAAACCAAGAAAGAGAGCCAACUCCUGCUCCAUUUGAAGAUCUUAAAGGGUUGCUUGGAUCAGUCAUAAGCUGCUAAAUGUUGUUGCAAUGGAUUUAGCCCAGAUUUUAACGUAACUGUACCUCUAACUAAAAGUUGAUGAUUGUGUCUUAUAUAGAGUUAGAAGAAACUACCAACAGUGAGGAUGAAGUAGUCUAAUAGUAAUGUGAUCUACAUUCCCUCUAAAUAUUAUGAUGACCUGCCUUGGCCCUGUUAAUACCACAGAAUUGUCACUGGCCCCAACUUGUUUGAGAUAUGGAGUUUGUAGAGCGUUUGUGAGCAAAAGCCAGGGGGUGAGUUCAAAGCUCUUGCUUGUGAUUGCUCUUUUCAAAUGGAGCAUACUUGUUAACUUUAGGUACAUAACCCAUGUUGCUGGAUUGAUUGUUUUGAUGUUUGUUGAAUUAGAUUUUUGUCACAGCUGUAAUUGUAAAAACAGUUGCUUUACAAAAUGAUGAGCACUUAAAGACCUUAACUAGCUAAUUUUAGCGAAGGUCUUCUCCUAGUGGCUUUUAUGGUACAGUUUGUCUAGAAUCUUAAUCACAGGCAAUUCAUGUCAAAAGCGAUGUAGCAAAGGACAAACAGCUUGGUCUGUAUUUAUUUUUCCAAAAUCUUCAUUUUAGAUCUGAUGUUUUUGUAGGAAAUCUUAAAAUAUCAUAUGCACACAAUAUCAACAAAUGCCAGUAAUAGAUGUGGACGGUAGUUUAGAUCCCCAGUUAUGUAAAGCCUUGAUUAGUUUAUUUUUAUAGUUUUUUACUUUUGUUUUAUUUUUAUUUUUUGUGAUGGGAAGUUACCCAUGUAAGCUGAAAAACUUAAAUUUUGUAUAAAUACAUUUUGUAGUGUUGUUUUUCCUUUCUUCUGUUGUCAUUUAUACAUUCCAGUUCCAAUUAUUUUUUACAUUGAUUAUUUUCCAAAUAUUUACUGAUUUACUGCAUAGUUGUGUGACUGUUCCUAAAACAUUAUACUUCGCCAUAUUGAAUUUGGCAAUGAGUUUUUUAUGUUUUUAUGCAUCAGCCAUUAUUUUUGUAAAGAUACAGAGAAUACGAUAUAUGGCUGCUUCUUUUUGUAUUAUAAUACUUGGGUAUUGUUUGGGGCAGUGUUAAACUCGAUGCUUGAGUCUGGUAUUGGUGGUUUAGAAAGAAAUGUUGUGUUGAAAACAUUUUUUGUGCAUAUUUCAGUUUGUCUAUGCCUGUAAACUUUAUUUGCUGAUGGAUGUUACAGCACUGUACAUGCUGAACUUCACAGCUCUGAAAAAUCGUCAAUACAACAACUAGACUAGUUGAUGUGCAUUAGAUAAUGAAGAAAAGAAAAAGAUAAGAAGAAUACACUCACUUUCAAAUUAAAUCGUGAGGGUGUUCUUUUGUAAUUCUUAACAACUUAAGAGUAAAUUGACUAUUUAUGUAUUUAUUUUUCAAUGUCCUAUGGAUUUAAAACCAAUAAAAUAGCAGAAUAUUCCUGUAUAAAUUUUGCAGAUGACAUUAUGAUGUUUCGGUCCAUUUCUUUUUUCUUGAUUGGGAGUAUACAAGAGAAUAAAAACUAUAAAAACUCUAUUUCUUUUUAGUUCAGCAAUUUGUGUUUUUGUUUUUUGUGAAACUCUUUGGUUUUGCUGUUGCUGCCAGUACAAUAAAUGUGAACAGUAAACACCGA